AUGAGCAAUACACCACAAUUUGAUUUGGGUUCAGCUGCACUUCAACAUCUUGAAUUACUCAAUUGUUCCAAUCAAAAUCCACUUGAAAUUGCAGCUCAAUUUCGCACACUUUUACGUUCGAAAAAAGCUAAUAAAAAUGUUCAGUCAUCGAAUAUUAAUUAUACAUAUACAGAUUAUAUUGCAGCAGACGCAACAAUACGAAGACGAGGACGUUCACAUAGUCUAGCCGAUCAACGAUCGAAAUCGUUAGGUAAAAUUCAAUAUGAUCUUAGCGUCGAUCAAUCAUUGCUUGAAUCGAAUUCUUCGUCUAGUUAUAUAAAAAAUGAACCAAUAGAUAAUUUAACCGAUGAAAUCUAUCCGGAUUCAGCGAUGGGUUCUGAUUCUAGUGAUUUAACAAAUCAUAAAAUUGACUCAAGUAUCAUGUCUCACAGAACGACUGAUCUCAACAAUAAAAUCAUUUGCCAUAAAACAUCAAAAGAAACUACUAGUAAUUCAAAUCGAUUUCAAUAUCCAACCAUUAAUUGGAAACAAUUACGUGAAAAACAAUAUGAAAAUAAAUUAGAUAAAGUUAAAAAAUUUCUUUCAACAAAAUUUAAGACAAUUCGUUUAUCAAAAAGUGAAACAUUACCACCGGCAUCAAAUAAACUAGAAUCAUAUGCAUGUUCGAAUUUAUCAGACACAGAAAAAAAUGAUCAAGAUAUUCUUUUAAAUGAAAAUAUUUCGUCACCUUCGUCUAGAAGUAGAUCAUCAUCAUCAACGUCCAUACGUACGCCAUCGAUAUCUCCAAAGAAUUCUCCACGAUCGAAUUAUACAGUUUCACGAGUAAAUACAACAUUAGUAAAUCACAGCCAUGAUGCAAUAUUCUUUCCGAUCGCCGACUGUAAUCUUAUUAUUAAACAUCAACCUGUUGAACAAACUAAACGAAUCUCUCAUUCUCAAAGUUUAUGUAAUCAAAAUAAACUAAUCUGUGGUACUACGAGCGAGACUAUGUAUAUAUAA